CACCAAAGAACAAGGCGGUGACUGUUUGGCGCCAGUUAGGACGACGACGACGACGAGAGAAGCUAGAGAAGACGAGUUUGAGCUGUAUCAGCACAAAAUAAGGUUGGAUCUGUACCAGCACAAAAUAUUUUAAGAUUAGUCAUGGAAGAACAUGAUGCGGAAAGGAGGAGGCAGAUUAAUGGGCUCAUAUUGCGGCGAAGGAGGAUUAGAGAUUUUGGCGACCCCUUUGACGUCACUCAUGAGGCCUUUGUAGGUUCGUAUAGACUCAGUCAAGAUCUUGUACGCAGUUUAUUGGAUCUCAUUCGACCACAUGUUCGUCAAACCACUAGUCCACUUGCGGUGUCGCUAGAGAUCAAGGUCCUAUGCGUGCUUCAAUUUUUUGCCACGGGAUGCUACCAGAAGCCCACUGGUAAAAGCAUGGACGCUGCUGUGGCUCAGUCAACAGUGUCUGGAUACCUCUCUGAAAUCACGACUGCGUUGAAUAAUCCACUGGUGGUGGCCAGGAUAAUUCAAUUUCCCCGUAAUCUGCAGCAAAUGCGAGCUUGUGUUGCUAGGAAUCGGCAUUUGGGUGGCAGACUCCCCAAUGUCGUUAGUUACACGGAUGGAACUUUGAUCAAAAUAAUGAAACCCACUUUGGACGACAAUAUUUUGGCAUAUAUUGGGCGGAAAUCAUAUGCAAGUCUGAAUGUGUUAGUGACCUGUGAUAAAAGGCUGUAUAUCACAAAUAUCAUUGCUCGUUUCCCAGGUGCGACCAAUGACUCAUUCAUUUUUGCCAAUAGUGCACUAAAAAGAAAAAUGAUUGAGUUUAAUGAGGACGAGCCCUGCUUUCUUUUAGGUGAUUCAGGGUUUGCCCAAGAACCCUGGAUGCUGACCCCUUUUGAUGGAGAUGACGAGCCCCAACCAGACACACCGGAAAUGAGAUACAACAAAGACUUCUGUCAAGAACGCUGCACUGUAGAAAGGUGCAUUGGUGUAAUGAAAGAGAGAUAUCGGGCAAUUAAUGAUGAGCGGGUCCUACAUUAUCGUCCUCACAAGGCGUGCCAAAUCAUAGUUGCCAUCGCAGUUUUGCACAAUUUGUGUAUCUUGGCCCAGGUGCCAUACUACAGAGAGAAUGAAGACAUGGCAAGGAAUCUCAACUUCAACGAUUGGCGUGAAGAUGCUGAAGACAUAGGACCAAAUGAGGACUAUGGAAAUGAAGACCAUAUUUUGAUUGCAGGAUUGAAUGUACGGCGGCAGGUUGUUGAUUACUUGGAAGAAACAAGGAACUAGGUUCUGUUGUGACAAACAAUUAUCUAUGUCCUGAAUAGAAUCUGAUUAUCUGUACAAAUUCCUAGUUUUACUGUUAGGAUGAUAUGAAUUUUAUACUUAAAUAGCACUGAAUGAUAGCGAAUUCUGAAUGGUUUAUCUAAUUUAACAUACAAACAUGAAUUUAUUGAUUGGCAAAUUUUCAUACUUGUUCACAUUUUGUUACUGUGAUGUGGUCAAUAGCAAACACAUUGGGUAUGUAUGAAUUGUAAUAAUUUCAUUGCAAAGUUGCUAUCCAUGCAUAUAGGGUCUGUCUCCUUUUUUUUGUUAUUUGUUAGUUUUGUGGCACUAUUCUAUAUUUUCUGACCAGUACAGUAUCUGAUUAUCUGUACAUAUUCGCCUUGUCCCUAGUUUCAUUGAAAUGAUAUAUGAAUUUUAUAUUGAAGUUGCACUAAACGAUUGUGAACUCUAUAUAGUUUAUCUAAUUUAACAUGCAGGCAUGAAUUUAGUGAAGCAAAUUUUUAUACUUGUUGAGACAUGAAUUUUAUACUGAAGAUGCAGAAAAUGAUUGUGAAUUCUUAAUAGUUAUCUAA